AUGGCAGAACAUCCCAAUAAAGUUGCAUUUGAAGAAGGUGCAAGUUAUAUUUUUCAUAAUUGGACAGCAUUGAAACUUGCAGUGGAACAAGAAUGGGGAGGCAUUGAUUCAGCGGAGAAAAGAGAAUGGUUGAUCGAUGUCAUUGUUGAUUAUUUUGGAAAACGUGGUAAAAAGAUUGAUAUCGAAGAUAUUGAAGAUAUCUUGAUUCAAGUCAUGAAUGAUGAGUUCAAUACAACACUCGAAGACGAUUCACCUUAUUUAGUUGCCAAACAUUUGGUUACUCUGUUUAAUCAAUGUAUUCAAGGUAACUAUUCUGAGGUUGAACGUCUUCGUGAAAAAAAUAAGUCACAAAACUCGUAUGUAGCUGCCUCAAGCUGCGUGAAACAAGGAGAUGAUGAUAGUGAAGACGACGAUGAUGAUGAUAAUACCGAUGAUCAACCAGAAGAUGAAGAUGAACCAAUGGAAGAAACUUCAAAGGAACCUCUUGUAGAUGAAGACGGUUGGGAAAUUGUCCGUCGUAAAUAA